CCUGGCGACGGGACAGAGAGGUGGAGAAGUUGGCGGCAGCACAUCUGGCGGCGGCAAAAGCAGGUGUGCGGAGCGGCUGGCGGGCGGCAGUCGAGCUCAGACGAGCAAGACCACGGGGCAGUUGACGGGAGAGUUGGCGCAAAGAAAGCAUCUUGACGCGGGUUGACAAUGUAAUGUUCGAGUGGAGAUUAAGUUGUGAUGCUGGGCAGUUGCAGCUUCGAAAAGCGAAACUUCGGAGGAGCCAGCAACAGUCCGCCCGCCGCCCGCCCCGCCUUCGGCCUUCGGCCGCUGCAUGUACAUGGGCAAUGACGCCAACGCUUGCGCUCAAAUGUCGAAUUUACCAGCUAUCUACCUCAGAAGCAUCCAUCGCUUGUCCGUCCACGAGGCCCUUUCUUCCACACCAUGAGCGCCGCCGCGCCUGUUGAGCAAAAACGGAAACCGUCAGCUCUGCGCUCCGUAAUAGCUGGUGCCAGCGCCGGUGCCGUCGAGAUCGCAAUCACAUAUCCCGCCGAGUUCGCAAAGACCCGAUCCCAGCUCAAUCGUCGCCUCGCUGAAGGCAAGAAGCUCCCAUGGCCGCCGUUUGGUAGUCAGUGGUAUGCUGGCUGUACUACCCUGAUCAUUGGCAACUCCAUCAAGGCUGCCGUUCGCUUCGUCGCCUUCGAUGCAUACAAGAACAUGUUGUCGAGCCCUGACGGCACCAUAAGCGGCCCUGCCACCGUCAUGGCUGGCUUCGGUGCUGGCGUGACUGAGAGCUUGUUGGCCGUCACUCCUUUUGAGAGCAUCAAGACCCAACUGAUCGACGACCGCAAGGCAGCUCAACCCAGGAUGAAGGGCUUCCUCCACGGCAGUAGAUUGAUUGCCCAUGAGCAGGGUGUGCGUGGCUUCUUCAAGGGCUUCGUCCCUACCACGGCAAGACAAGCAGCAAAUUCGGCCGUGAGAUUCAGUAGUUAUACAAGCCUGCGACAAUUGGCGCAGAGCUAUGUUGCUCCGGGCGAGAAGCUCGGCGCCAUGAGCACCUUUGGUAUUGGCGGAGUAGCUGGUAUCAUCACAGUAUAUGUCACCAUGCCCUUGGAUACUGUCAAGACGAGAAUGCAGUCUAUCGAAGCAAAGACCGAAUAUAAAAACAGCUUCAACUGCGCAGCGCGUGUUGUUCGAGAAGAAGGCUUCUUGACUCUCUGGUCGGGAGCUUUGCCCAGACUUGGUCGACUCAUCUUGAGCGGCGGUAUAGUUUUCACCAUGUACGAGAAGACUAUGGAUCUGUUCGAUAAACUAGAUCCGGAUAAGAAGUAUCUAUGAGCAGCUCCAUGUCCGAGUGUAUGGUCGUAGGCUUCAUCACGCACAACUGUAGAAUAAUGAAUAUCAGUAAACGAGAAUCACUAUCAAACGGCCGACAGUCUGCUCCCGG